UAAACAGACAUUCAUUCAACUACAACCGAGAAAUUUAGAAGAGAUCUAUUUCUAGAGUCCUCAUUUUUGUCAACACAUUAAUUUUACCUCCAGCUAUAAUGGCAAAGAUUGACCUAUCAAAAGUGGGAGCGAACUUAUUGAAGAGUGCUGCUUCUGGAGAGAGCGUGGCGCUCCAGUCUCUGUGGUGUGACCAGCCGGCCAUCCUCUUCUUCCUGCGUAGGUUUGGCUGCCAGGUGUGUCGCUGGACGGCAGCAGAAGUCAGUAAACUGGAGCCGGACCUGAAAGCCAGCGGUGUGGCACUGGUGGGCAUUGGCCCCGAGGAGACAGGACUGAAGGAGUUCAAGGAAGGGGGGUUCUUCAAAGGAGACAUUUACGUUGAUGAGAAAAAGCAAUCGUACAAGGAUCUGGGAUUUAAAAGGUACAGUGCUCUGAGCGUGGUCCCUGCUGCACUGGGGAAGAAAGUACGAGAUGUCACAGCCAAGGCCAAUGCCCAGGGUAUCCAGGGGAAUUUCACUGGAGACCUCCUUCAGAGCGGAGGCAUGCUCAUCGUGGCCAAAGGUGGAGAGAAGAUUCUGCUGCACUUUGUCCAAGAUUCUCCGGGUGACUUUGUGCCGUUGGAGGACAUAUCCAAGGCCCUGGGCAUCACUACCAGCGCCCAGGCAGGAGAGAAACCGCAGUGUAACGAUGAUGUCUGUACGAGAUGAAGCCUAAAUGUGCUCCCGUCCUUUGACACCUCAAGUGCUUUUUGGGAAAAUGACAGAGGGACUCCGACCCUGCAGUCACCAUAGCCAAAGAUAACACUUUAAUACUUUGGAAGGGGUGAAUGAUACUUCAUGUUCUAUAUAAUUAUUGAAACAAAGUCAGUUUUUAUUCCUUUUGUUUUAUUUUGCACUGUACAUGCAUUUUGAUCUUUUGUGUGCGUUUAUUUGUGUUCCAUACUAUAUCUUUUUAACAUUCCUUCUCAUAUCAAUCGUUUUUUCUCCCCAUUCUAAUAAAUACAUUUAAUGUCAUUUUCUUUUACUUUCUUAAAUUAAACAGAUUUUUAAACAAUUUGUAACACCUGUUUACAUAUUAUGUCAUUGUAAUGGGUACAAUAUGAAAAUAUUUUUACCUAUGUUGAUUUGUUCACAAUCUGUCUGAUAUGAUUGUAAUUGCUGAGUUUCCAUUGUAUGGAUGUGAGAGUGUGAAUAAAUUGAA